GGCAACUGAGCACCAUUCCUCUCCUACUCCUACACCAUCCUCAUCUUCUCUCAUACUGGCCCACUGUAGCCCCACUACUGAAGUGUUGAAAGCUCUCUCACCCUCCCUCUUCUCAUACUUCUCGCUUGACUCAAACAGGAGACGAUCAAAAUGAGCUCGGAACCUCUCAACCUCCCUCAAGGGUGGGAAGCUCGCUGGGAUGCUCAAUCUAGUGCCUACAUAUACAUAGAUCAGUCUACCGGUCAAGCUCAAUGGGAGCUACCCACGCAACCUUCCUAUCCUACUUCCCAUCAUUCCACCUCAUCCUCAGCUCCAGCUCCAGCCCCUGCCCCCGCUCCUGUGUCCCGUCCAGGUAGAAGGCACUAUCCGACCGCUCAAAUACAACAAAUGUACGCUGGAGGAGGGUACGAUCAGCCCCCUCCUGUUCAACCUCUCGCCCCUGGAUACGGCGACCAAACCCAUGUCGCGCCUCAGUUUUUCACACCUGGUAUGGCGGACGUCCAACAGGCUCAGAUACCUCAGGGACAAUUUCAACAACCUGCAUACGGUCAACAACCCGCAUAUCCUCAAGAAAAGGGAGUCGACCAGAUGACCAACCAAUUUCAAAAUAUGCAAAUGGGAUAUAGAGCAGGUGCGACGUAUGGCGAUCAGAAACAGUUACACUCUAUACAAACCGUCAACCUAAUUGGAAUGCAACCCGACGUUCGAGGACUCGAUUCUCCUCCACCUGCAGCUCUUCUCGCUCCCAAUGCCGCAGUCACACAAUCCCCUCACAUCCAGCCUGAUCCCUCCUAUCAACGAUGCACCCUCGCCGCCAUGCCCACUACACAAUCCCUGUUGAACAAAUCGAAACUCCCCCUCGCACUCGUCUUGGCGCCUUAUCGCAGUGUCAGAGAAGUAGAUGAUGAUAUGCCUGUUCCAGUGGUGGAAGAUUCUGUCAUCGCUCGAUGCAGACGAUGCAGAGCAUACAUCAACCCGUUCGUCACAUUCAUCGAGGGGGGGAACAGGUGGAAGUGUUGUAUGUGCGGAUUGAGUAACGAGGUUCCUCAGUUAUUUGAUUGGGACCAACGUGAAAAUAAACCGGCCGAUCGAUGGGGUCGGAAAGAACUCAAUCAUGCUGUUGUGGAGUAUAUCGCCCCGACCGAAUACAUGGUCAGACCACCUCAACCACCCGUCUACGCCUUUGUCAUCGAUGUCUCACAAUCAGCCGUACAGUCUGGGAUGGUGGCUACCGCCGCGCGUACCAUACUUGAAAAUCUGGAUAACCUCCCCAAUGCCGACAAACGGACCAAAAUCGCCAUCAUCGCCGUAUCGACAAGCUUACAUUUCAUGUCUUUGCCGCCCGGUUCAACAGAAGCAUCGAUGUUGGUCGUUUCAGAUCUCACCGAUGUGUUCCUACCAAAACCUGUGGACUUGUUGGUCAACCUCACCGAGAGUCGACCGGCGAUCGAAACGUUACUGGGCAGAUUGAGUGACAUGUUCCAAGAACCUCAAGUUGGCAAUGCGCUUGGUUCCGCACUUCAGGCAGCUCAUCAGCUUAUAGGGAAGAUAGGAGGUAAGAUCAUUGCUCUUACUUCCUGUCUUCCCUCUCUGGGUGAAGGCGCACUCAAAGCUCGUGAUGAUCCAAAACUUCUGGGGACGAGCAAAGAGAGUUCUCUGCUGAACGCCGCUUCGAGCUGGUACAAGACCUUUGCUAUCGAAUGUUCAAAGCAGCAGGUAGCUGUCGACAUGUUUCUCUUCUCCGCUUCAUAUACCGAUGUCGCCACACUCUCCUGUCUCCCUCGAUAUACUGCAGGACAAACAUAUCUCUAUCCUGGAUUCAACGCUUCUCGAUCAGAAGACGCCAUCAAAUUUGCCACUGAAUUCGGUCGAGUUCUUUCCAUGCCCAUUGGACUUGAAGCUGUCAUCCGAGUUCGUGCGACCCGUGGAAUACGUCUGGCAGCUUUCCACGGGAACUUUUUCAUCCGUUCCACCGAUCUACUCGCUUUACCCGUGGUACCCAUGGACCAAAACUACGUGAUUGAACUUCAGCUAGAAGAUGACGUCAAGGCCACCACCGUAGUGAUUCAAACCGCUGUUCUUCACACUACAUGUUUCGGCGAACGUCGAAUUAGGGUUAUCACUCAAGCCAUGCCCACGACCGAUUCAAUUGCCGAGAUGUACGGUUCAGCCGAUCAAAUCGCCAUCGCCUCGUAUCUCGUCUCAAAAUCGGUGGAGAAAUCUAUGACUUCUUCAUUGGACGAUGCUCGUAAUCUCAUCAUCAACAAACUUUCCGACAUGCUCACCGUAUUCAAGAAUCAAGUAACUUCCUCCGCUGGAGCUUCCGCUCAACUCGCCGUUCCUGAUAACCUAAAACUCUUGCCAUUAUUGAUGUGCGGAUUAGUCAAACAUGUUGGUUUACGAGAAGGUGUUUCCAUUCCACCGGAUUUACGUUCGUACGCUCAAGCGCUCCUGACAACAUUACCUUGUCAAUCCCUCAUCCCGUACAUUCACCCGAUAUUUUAUUCCUUGCACAACAUGUCACCCGACGCGGGGACAGUCGGUCCAGAUGGUCAUAUGGUACUUCCUCCCGCACUCAACCUGACUUCGGAGCGUUUGGAAAGACAUGGGUUGUUCUUCAUUGAAGAUGGCCAAAACAUGUUUUUGUGGGUCGGACAUGAAGCCGUACCUAGAUUGAUUCAGGACGUAUUUGAUCUUCCUUCUUACGCCGAAUUGACAGGUGGUAAAUAUACUUUGCCGGUGUUGGACAAUCCGUUUAAUCAAAGAGUGAACAACAUUGUGGCUAAGACAAGGGAAUUGAGAAGAGGAGUGUAUAGACAACAUUUAUAUGUGGUGAAGAGUGAUGCUGAACCGGCUUUGAGAAGUUGGGCAUUGAGUUGUUUAAUUGAGGAUAGGAUGGAUAAAAUGGGAAGUUAUGCUCAAUUCUUAACUCAGGUGAAGAAUAAAGUAAAUGGAUCGUCGUAGAGCAUAUAGCAUCGGUUCGAGAAAUGUCACUACGUCGUUUGAUCUC